GCAACGAUUUUCUAGAAUCUAAAGAAUGCUUUGCAAAUACAGCAUCCUCUGGCAGAAUGGUUAGCUCCUCGUCUUCUGUUGAAACAGACCUAAGCGUCAGAAAGCCUUCAAGCCCAGGCAGGAAAUCUGUUCUCCUUGACCCUGCUGCAGAAUUGGAUGUGAGGUGUUCCUCCUCACAUUCUGGUCACUCCUCUGCAAUCUCAUUUCCUGAAGUCCCAAAGGAUAAAAAUCCUGAGGAAUUUAGCCUGCUUAAGUUGUUGACAAAAGAUGGGCAGCGUCCUGAGUGGACAUUUUACCCGAGGUUCAGCAGUAAUCUCCACACCUACCAUGUUGGCAAGCAGUGCUUCUUUAGCGGACUUUUUCUCGGCAAUAGGAGGUCUCUAUCAGAGAGGACUGUGGACAAGUGCUUUGGAAGGAAGAAAUAUGAUAUUGAUCCCAGGAAUGGAAUCCCAAAAUUAACACCAGGAGAUAAUCCGUAUAUGUACCCAGAACAGAGUAAAGACUUCCACAAAGCAGGGUCAACACUUCCACCAGUGAAUUUUUCAGUAGUGCCUUUUGAAAAGAAAUUUGAUACAUUUAUUCCACUUGAGCCUCUUCCACAGAUUCCUAGACCUGGAAGCUUCCCUGCCUGCCUGUGACUAUGCAGGUGUUUCUUUUCACAAAUAUCUUCUGUUUGCAAAGCAGCUUUCCUCCCUAGACUGCCCUUGUGUCUAUGCAGGUGACUUUCUUCUUCUUUUUUUUCUUUUCUAUUUACCGUUCUC